CUGGGGCAGCCAAACUACGUCUCCCGUAGCGCUCUGCGACAGGGGCGGAGAGCACGUGUUUCCUCCCGCUUCCCGCCGGGCCCUGCAGCUUAAUUUUCCCCGUACGUGCUGUGCCCCCGCCAGCCGCAGCCAUGCCGAUGAAGGGCCGGUUCCCCAUCCGCAGGACCCUGCAGUACCUGGCCCAGGGGGAGAUCGUCUUCAAGAGCGCGGUGAAGGUGAUGACUGUGAACUACAACACCAGGGGGGAGCUGAGCGAGGGGGCCAGGAAAUUUGUGUUUUUCAACAUCCCUCAGAUUCAGUACAAAAACCCCUGGGUCCAGAUCAUGAUGUUUAAGAACAUGACCCCUUCGCCCUUUCUCAGGUUCUAUUUAGACAGCGGUGAGCAAGUCUUGGUUGAUGUGGAAGAUAAAAGCAACAAAGAGAUAGUAGAGCACGUUAAAAAAAUCUUGGGUAAAAGCGAGGAAACACUACAAAAAGAGGAGCAAGAGAAAAAGCAGCUCUCUCAUCCUGCAACCUUUGGAUCCAAAAAAUAUCACCUGCGUGAAUGUAUGUGUGAAAUUGAAGGCCAGAUUCCCUGCCCUGGUCUAGUACCGCUGCCUAAAGAGAUGACUGGCAAAUAUAAAGCUGCCAUGAAAGAAAAAGCCACAUCCUGAUUUAACAGAUCAGACAGUUCUGCUGACAUUCAAAGUGCAGACAGACAUAGGAUACAAGGUGCUUCAUAGCCUCUCCCUACACGCCAAAAAAAACUGGUCCAUGUUAUUAGAUGAAAGUCCUUGAUUCACAAGAGGUCUUUUUGUAGAUAUGGUUGGACCCAUUAAUGUUGGUUACUCAGACAAGUAGAAGAAAAUAUUUUUAAAUAAAUCUUUUUAAAACUUCA